UUUGUUUGACGCCAUUUCCGGUGUGUCCUUAGGUAACAUGGAAUGUUCGUCGUCUUCACCUGGUGUUUCGCUUUAAAUUUACAUUUUACAUUUAACAUAUUGCGAACUCGUUUAUGUAUGUAUGUGUAAACUGGCAUUCGAUAUUUUUAUUUUUGGAAAAAAAAGCGGAGCCUGUGAGUUUUGUACUUGUUUAAACAGAUCGGAGCAUAUGCACAGAAAACAACAAUCAGCAAAGUCGUCCUCUUGGCUUCCAUUGUCAGUUUCACUUCGGCGUUCUAGCAUUUGCGAAAACAGUAACGCGACUCGCGUGUUUUUUUUUUUGUUGUUUUUUUUUGCAAAGCCAUUUUAGCUGACUGGAAAACUGCCUAGUAAACCAAAUAAGUGAUAUGUAGGAUGAUUAGUUAGCUACCUAUUCGUUUCGCUUGCUAGCGUGUAAACAUUGUUCUAUCCAGUGCUUGCUAGCUAGGUAGCCAGUCCCCCUUUGCCAUUUGUCAUUUUCCGGGGAAAUUCAAUGAAAAUUAAUUGCUGGCAUGCACAUUAUUGUGUUUUGUGAGAAUGCAUAUUAUGAGGUUAGUUAACACUACCGUCAAAUGUGUGUGUGGUGUCUCAUAAAUUGAAACGAGAAACAUUUAGCGAGCAGGUCAAUUCGAUAGCAUUAGCAAGCCAGGUAGCUAGCUAAUAUUAGCUAGGCUAGCUAACAUAGUAAACUUGUAGCUAUUCACUAGCAAGUGCUUGCUGUGUGUACUUAUAGAAUAGCGUUAGCCAGCUGUUCUCAUCAUUAUUGCUAAAUGCUUGAUUUUCAAUUUACUCGGUAGAUAGCUGGUAGUUUACAGUACUUAUUUGAGAAAUUUGAACCGAAUAAACGAAACUGCUGGAUAAACAAAAAUGUUUCGGUACCUAAGUGACGUGGAUGAGAGCCCGUAUGUGAUGGAUCCAUUCUCAGCUCAUCGGCAGCAAAUGCGAAGUAUGUUUGGCUCAUAUGGCUUUGAACCGUUUUCCUUCACCCCUCAAAUACAGCCACCACGGAACCCCCCUAUCCAGGCGGGUGCCUUGGCUCCCUAUGGAAUGAUGGGACUGGGAGGAGGCUUCAUGGACAUGUUUGGAAUGAUGGGAGGGAUGAUGGAGAGUAUGGACCGAAUGUCCGGCACCCCUGCCUGUCAGACGUACUCUUCCUCCACGGUCAUCUCCUACUCUUCCUCGGGCUCUGGUGCCCCACGAGUCUAUCAGCAGUCCAGUAGCACCAGGACCGCUCCCGGCGGGAUAAGGGAAACGCGGCAGGCCAUGCGGGACAGCGAGAGCGGGCUGGAGCGCAUGUCCAUCGGACACCACAUCCGCGAGCGCGGCCACGUCAUGGAGAGGUCCCGCAACCACCGCACGGGCGACCGCGAGGAGAGGCAGGACUUCAUCAACCUGGAAGAGAGCGAGGCCUCUGCCUUCGAUGACGAGUGGAGGCGGGAGGCGGGCAGGUACCCGCCUCCGAGCGCCCGGGGAUUGGACUACGGCCGUGACAGACGGGCGGCGGCGGGCGGGCAGCAGCUGGCCCUCACAGCCCCCCCCGGUGACUCCUCCCCGCCCCCCCCUCACCACGACUCCCCGCGGCACCGCCCACCCCCUUCUCGCCCGCGCUACGAUUGGUGAGCGGGCGACGAGAGCCGGGCAACGGGAACAGAGGAACUAAUCGGUUAAAAUCAACAUGGAAUACAAUGACGGCACAGUAACAAGUACUAUUGCAUUGUAUGGUGAGUCUGCCUCAAUUGCAGCAAACAUCCGGAGAUUAAUUAGGAGAUCGCCUUUGAUAUAAAACGUUUAACUACUGCGUUGGUCUCUGCAAUUCUCACCAGUGCAUUAAAGCUUAUUUUCUUUUGUAUGGAACGUCUGAGGAUCGCCAACGGAUCCCUCUGGAGUGCCAGUAGGAUGCGUUUAUGUGCUGCGGAGGAUGUUGUAGCGUACUGUUCACAACGUUUGCACAUCUCAGUCGACCCUGCUCAUUUACACAGACUGGGCUUUUAUAUUACCACAUCAAAAUUAAAGGAGGUGUGCUUUUGGAGUUUUGGUCCAUUGUGAUAAUUAAAUCUCAAUGAUUGUUUCUGAAUACAUAUUCAGUGUCUAAGGAACUUUAAAUGAAACUCUGGCUUCUCGACUUAAAGUUGUUGGGUGAGGAGGUGAGUAAUAGAGUAAGUGAAGUGGGUUGCACUUUUAAAAUGGCACAUUUACGAUACCGUUGGAUAGGAAGGAGAGCACUCUAUUUCAGCCUACCUCAGUGAUGACUAAACUCCUCUGUUUUUAAAGGUGUCAUCAGUCCAUUCCAUGGCAUUUCUGUAAGGAAUCAAGACUUCAAAGAUAUGUUAAGAAUUCUGAUGUGAAUUUAGCUAUGCAGUAAUUGAACCUUGCAGUCAAAUAUGGGUUUGCUUUUAAUUGAGCAUUUUGAACAAUGCAUCUCAUCUUGGUUUGCAAAAUUAUAUUUCAUUACUGUGAACGGUGAGACACUUGCAGUGGGUGGCAGGAGAUUGUGUAUUUAAAAAAAAAAAAAAAAAAAAAUUUUCCUUGCCUGUAUUAUAGGUUGACAUUUUUCAUAAAAAUUGCUAGGUGGUGUAGGCGCAGUGAGUUUUGUGCAAAACCUUUUUAUUUUUUAUUAUUUUUUUUUAAAACAACCCAGUGUAUGUGUAAAAAUGAGUUGGCAGAAUAGGCAACAAAAAAAAAACCAAAAGAAAAAGGUUUUCCGGUGCGGAGUGCAUGCGAUUUCACAAGUGGAGAUUACGCAGAACAAGCGUUUGAACAAGAGGCUUUCUCUCGCCACUUUUCUUGGCCCUGUUGGUGCAUUUGGUUACUGUUCCUCUGAACAGCCAAGUGCAUAUGGCGCGAUUAUAAUUUAAUUACAUUUUGACGGACGGAUGGCAAGCUAUCUCAGCCUGGCUUGUGCAUACCCGAGCGACCAAUCAGAAUGUGCGAUUGCUUGCUCUGCAGGUCUUGAUGGUCUCGCGUUUGAUCUAGUUUGAAGCCGCCUUUCAAUUAGACUAGCGGGAUUUGCUGCAAUUGAACCAGAGAUCACACUUGACACACACCUAUUUUUGACGGAGCCCUCUCAUACAGUCCUUAUAAAUAUGUAUUCCUUGUGCCCAUUGGCAUUUUUGUUUUCUUCUUUUCAACCCAAAUGUUUUUGCAGAUUUAAUAAAAUUCUUCUAUGUGGGAUGCCCAGACCAAUGUAGUGCUGAGAAUGUGUAACAAUUUCAAUGUUCCCUGUGUUUAAAAUGGUAAUGUUUGGUCCUAGUCAGUUAACUCCACCUCGGUCAUGAGUUUUUUUGUUUUUUCUUCCUCCCCCCUCUUGAUAACAUGUAAAGGCUAUUGCAUUGAUGCUGUGAAAACAGGAUGAUAAGGGACAGAAGGGCAUAGUAAGUGGUCAUUGAAGAGGUCUGCUAUAAUGGGACUGUACAAUCUACAUGCCUCAGAACAUUAUAUAUGAACAUUAUGCAACAUCGCAUACACACACACACACACACACACGACAUGCUGCUAAAACAGUAUUACAUAACACAUUUGGUCCAAGUAGGUUGGUGUAGACGCUGAGGUCUCUGCGUGGGUUGAAUUGUACACUGUAGACUAAUUACGAAACUUAAUAUUCAUAAAUAAACAUUGUUAAAUAAUUGGAA